AUGGGCGUCGAACCGAAAUCAGAUAGCUCUUCCGAGCUCACAAUGGAGUUCACAAAGGAGUCCCCUACGACCGCCGUCACUAGCGACGAAGCGAAGUUGCUGAGGGAUCCUGAAACUCCAAUGUUGCCAACGGCAAGGGUCGCGCAAGCCCCUGUGUCCAGCAGCUGGUUUGACCCCAGAUCUUUCACAAACCCGCAGUGGGCGUCAAAUGUAUCUCACACAGUCAGUGAUGCUAUAAAUUACAUCGCCGGCCAAUUUUCAGAGGAGACUUUGGGUUUGGCUGAGGAGGAGAAGAGGCGGUCCGAGGCGAUCGAUCAGUUUCUUGAUCAAGAGUCCCACAGACGAGACCGACAACUGAAAGUGAUCAUGUUUGGCGACAUCUGGCAAAAGCAAAUCCUCUGGAGGCAUUCUCGUCUAAUUGUGCAGCCAUUGUCAAGCCAAGAGCGGUCGGAAUUGGUCCCUGAAGUACGGCGAGCUGUUCUUGACAUGGCAAUGACUGUUCUUCACUAUCUGGAUGAAGAAAUUAUUUCCAAGAUGAAAGAGAAGAACUUGGAGGAAGACUGGACUCGCAAGAUCAGAGCAAUCAGAUCACUCCACUGGAAAGACGAAACAGAAAGAGUCAACCAAAUCCUGGCUUUAAACAUCGAGACUUUCCACGCUCAAUUGGAACAUCACGGAGUUUCGAUGAAGGAGGUAUAUAGCAAAGCCCAUUUUUUCGAUGAACCUGGAUUUUUGGGCUGCCCAUAUUAUGAUAGUCAAGACAUCUUCAAACAGGUAGAGAGGGUGUACGCUACAGACUACGAGCCGACAGACCACGACUUUUUCCACUUUGACCGGCGUUUAUCCCUAACACUGAUACGAGAAGUUAGAAUCGAAAAGAUCGGCUACUCUAUCCAACUGCAAGAUCCGGUUCGAAAUAUGGGUGAGCGACGAAAAUGGAUCCACCAUAUGGAGAACCCUACUGGUCUAUUGUUCAUUGCCGAUAUCAGCCAUUACGAUGAAGUACUGUUGGAGGAUGACUCGUCGAACGUGUUAGACGAGCAGAUGGUGGCUUACGAGUCAGUCCUUUCGUCCAAGUGGUUUUUCAAGGCUCCAUUACUGCUUGUCUUGUCCAAUGUGGUGUUAUUUGAGUCCAAGCUGGAAAUCUCACCCCUUGCCAAGACCUUCCCGGACUACGAGGGCACAAGCUUGGAUGAUGCAAAGGCAUAUAUUGCCUCUCGAUUUCUGAGUCGAGCCAAGGACCGGACAGACAUUCAUGUAGUCUAUCUCAAUGUGUGCGAUGAGCAGAGUGUGCGCGAGCUUCUUGACGUUAUGGAGGGAACAGUUCUCAAACCAGCACUUGCGAAGCUCGGUGUUAUUGCGUAG